AUGUUUAAGAAGAAAAUUUCAAUGCUAAAAUCUUGUUUAAAUAUUUCAAAAUUAACAUUCCGAAGUCUUUUUUAUUUUUCAAUGGAUCAACCAUAAGUUCCACCAACUGGAGAGCAAGCCAUAAGCAAAUCCCAAAUGAAAUAUCUUAAAAAGUAAGAGGAGAAGGAAAAGAAGAAAGCUGAAAAGGAUGCCUAAAAAGUUUAAUAACCAGAGAUAGCCGCAGAUAAGGAAAAAAAACCAAAAAAAGCCGAAUAACAAGUAGAAGAAGAAGUAGAUCCUCGUCUCUUCCACGAGAAUAGAUCUAAAUAGGUGCUAGCACUUAAACAAACUAAAGACCCAAACCCAUACCCUCAUAAAUUCCAAGUGGAUUUAACCAUAGCCCAAUUCAGAGAUAAGUAUGGUCCUCUUUGCACAGAAAAAGGCAAAAUUCAUGAGGAUUUUGUCUCAGUGGCAGGAAGAGUGGUCACCAUUAGAUCUAUGGGAGCAAAACUAAUGUUUUAUGAUUUAUAAGGAGAGGGAACUAAAAUUUAGGUGAUGGCUAAUGAAGCCAAUCACAAAGACUAAGAGUAUAGCUUUGAAAAAGUUCAUACCUUGAUUAAAAGAGGUGACAUCAUUGGAGUAAAGGGAAAUCCUUGUUUAACCAAGGCAGGAGAAUUAAGUAUUGCACCAGGCUUCAUUCAAUUGUUAUCACCAACGUUACAUAUGUUACCUACAGCUCACUUUGGAUUCAAAGAUCAUGAGUAAAGAUAUAGAAUGAGAUAUUUGGAUUUGAUUAUGAACAAGAAAGUCAGAGACAUAUUCCUCACAAGAUCAUCAGUGAUCAAAUAAUUAAGAGAAUAUUUUGAUGGUAAAGGAUUUAUUGAGGUCGAAACUCCAUCCUUAAAUGUUAUUCAAGGAGGAGCCACUGCCAAACCAUUUAAGACAUUCCAUAAUUCAUUACAUAGAGAUUUAUUCAUGAGAGUUGCUCCAGAAUUAUAUCUUAAGAUGUUAAUCGUAGGGGGAUUAGAUAGAGUCUAUGAAAUAGGUAAAAACUUCAGAAAUGAGGGAAUUGAUUAAACUCAUAAUCCUGAAUUCACAGCUAUGGAAUUCUAUUGGGCCUACUGCGAUUAUAAUGAUCUCAUGACAGUCACUGAAGAAGUCUUGUCAUCAAUUGUGUUAAAGUUGAAGGGAAGUUAUAAAUUCAAAAUUCAUAAGGGUGAUAAUCCUACUAUCACACUUACUGAACAUGACAUUAAAUCUGGUCAUUUUAAAGAAAACGAAGAGGACUUCAUAGAACUUGAUUUCACACCACCUUGGCCUAGAGUUUCAAUGAUGGCUGAAUUGGAAAAAAAAUUAGGUGAAAAAUUGCCUGAAGUCUUGGAAAGUGAAGAAGCUAAUGCCUUCUUUGUUGAAUAAGCAAAGAAACACAAGGUUGAAUGCUCUAAUCCAAGAACAACUGCUAGAUUAAUUGAUAAAUUAGUUGGUCAUUUCUUGGAAGUCAAUUUCAGGAAUCCCACAUUCUUAAUUGAUCAUCCUUAAUUAAUGAGUCCAUUGAGUAAAGUUCACAGACAAUAUCCAGGCUUAACUGAAAGAUUUGAACUCUUUGUUAAUUAUCAUGAAUUGUGCAAUGCCUAUACAGAAUUGAAUGACCCAUUUGUUUAAAAGGCAUUAUUCUAAAAGUAAGUAGAAGAUGCUGCCAAAGGUGAUGAUGAAGCUAUGGGAUAUGAUGAAGGGUUCAUUAAAUCUUUAGAACACGCUUUACCACCAACUGCAGGAUGGGGUCUUGGUAUCGAUAGAUUUGUGAUGUUGUUAACUGAUACACAAAACAUCUAAGAAGUUCUUCUGUUUCCAGCAAUGAAACCUGAAAUGACUAUAGAGGAAAUGUAGAAAAUUUAAAAAGAGAAGGAGGAAUAAAAAUAAAAAUAAUAACAAUAAUAAUAAUAAUAAUAAUAGUAACAACAAUGAAGGAUAUUAAAUAAAUAAAAAUAUAUAAAGAGUCAAAUAUUUUUAUCA